GGUCCGGACCAACAUUAAAAAAAAAUUUUUUUUGAAGUUAGGAAAUACGAGGUAACUUUACAAUUCUGACCUUCGAUUCGGAUUUAGCGGAUCAAAAUACAUAAGGAUUGACUAGUCUGGUCCGCCGGACCAACUUUUUUUAUGUGCUUGUGUAAUCACUUUCGCAACACAAAGCGAGACGACCAAUCAGCGUCGCGGAAAAGCAGCGUGAUACAUAUCGACUUUGAAUGCGUAUUUCACGGUACAUAUCAAAUUUUUAUGGAUUAUUAUUAUUAUUUGAACGAUUUACAGAUGUAUCACUUGAUAUUUAUUUUUUACUCCCGCAAAACUAUCAUACCACGAAUAACAGCGAUUUAUUAAUAUACAAUAUGUAUCAACAUUUUAUAGAAGACAGACACAGAUAAAUGUUAAAGCCAUUUAGUGUUGAAUUCACAUUGUACUGGACAAAGGCAACGGCGAUGAUGACUUAUCUUAUAUGAAAAAUUUACAAUUCGAACUUUGCGUCGCAAUAUCUCCGUACUCGUAGGACACAGAGAAAAAAUAAAAAAAAUUUCUUAUACAAAUCAAAUUGAAGCGUUUGGUUGAAUUCUUAACCAGUCACUAGAUCAGUUUCUCUUCUUAAACUGCGAUUCACAUAGUCAGCAUCGUGAUCAGUAUCAGACAGUCAAUCAGUGAGUUCGGACGGUAGAAUUUUGUCUUGUGUAACGUUAUCCUAUUCUGUGAAGCCAACUGUGCCAACGAACAGAGAACGGUAUUUUCGGUGUUUUGCGCUCGAACCACAUCUCCUGAGAUAUUUCGAGGUUUUUACAUUAUGAGCAUGAUCUCUAGAGCUGACAUUCUAGAAUUCUAGAAUCAUCAUUAACACGUGUCAGAUCCUUCAGUUGAUGCCAAGAAGUAGCAAAAAAAGUAAAAAACAAUAUGGCAAAUCGAAUGAAAGCUCUGUAUAAUCAGGUUAUCUUUGAAAGACGAAUUCUUCUGAGUUGCACUGCUUUUGUGGGACUCUCAGUAUGCAUAUGGUCUGUGGCUAUAGGAACCGAUUAUUGGUUUACCUUAAAAUCGCCAGAUAAUCAAGGUUUACUUUUGAAAAGUGAUGAUAAAGUUAGAAGGAUACUGCUCUACAAACACGUAGGCCUUUGGAGAAGCUGUAUUAUGGGAUUGACAUCUAAAUCAGAAAAUUCUACUUUGGUACAGUAUUAUGAAUGCAAAUAUUUGAAUAUGUUUCCAACAGAUAUGCAAAUAAAACUGGAUCCAAGUUUAAAUGUGAAAAUAUUAAAUUAUGCCAGAACUGAGGUCUCGUUUGCUUUGAUCAGUCUUUUUAUAAUGCUGAUGGGUUUUUGCUUUUCGAUUUACACAUUCUUAAAUCCUCGCUACAUGUUUAAACGCCUUGCAGGAGGGAUACACUUCAUAACUGCCGCUUGCAAUAUGGUGGUAAUACAGGUGCUACUUUCAUCAAUUGAGUACGAGAAUAACCACAUAUUUGAAACAUCUUCAAAGAAUGCAUUAAUAAAAUACGAUUACUCUCUCAUUCUUGCGUGGAUCGUAUUCCUAUUCAAUUUUGUGGCUGGCCUUGUCUUCGUACUUUUUUCAAAGAAAAGGAAGAGAGAUAAAGCACCUACUGAAGAAAUAGCUAUGGCAGAUGAACCCACAAUAAUUGGACGCUAAGUUACCAAUUUUGUUUACAUUUUAAAUUGCAUUGUAUUGAAUUAUUAUUUGUAAAAUCAUACUUAGUAAAUAAUAGAAGGCUUUUAAUAUAAUAAUUAAAUUUAAAAAUUAAUUAUUUAAGCUAACGUAAUUGUUUUUGCGUGAAUCAUUAAAUAUCCAUUGCACUAAUUACACAAAACCAUAAAAAGUUUUUUGUCAUAAAUCUGAGACCAGACCUGGUUUCUUACAGAUUUAUGAGGUCGCUGAAUCCAAAUCUGUCAUUGGUUUAACUCCAUCAUGUCAGAAUUUUUAGGUAUAAUCAAGUAACUGAGCUUAUUUGAAAUAAAACAAUAUCCAAACUUUGUAGUAAUAAACCUAAAACUUUCCCAUAAACCCAUAAAACUUAUAAGAACUACAGGUUCCAUCCGGUCACAAUAAACGAUUUGUUUAAACAAAAGUUAAAACAAAAGUUUGUUUAUCAAAAUGUAAGCAUUACAGGAAAACUUUCACACAUUAAUAAAGACAUCUUUUUAAAAUAAAAUUACUCUAUAUAACCCCCUUUUGCAUCAAUUCAAUCCUUAGCCUAAAGCACUGGCACGCUUUUUGCAAUGCGUUCUUGUCCAUAUUUGUGAAAACUGCCUCAAUAGUCGCUUGGAGAGAUAUCACAUUGGGAUGUCUCAACUUGUUGGUCACUUGAUCAAUAAUGCUUCACAUGAAAUAGUCGAAAGAAUGCAAAUCUGGACUGUUUGGAGACUAGAAUUUCUUCAUGGAAAAAAUUUUAUAGUAAAAUUAUUAUGUACAAUAGCAGCUACGGACCGUAAGAAGAAAUUUAUUAGAAUUAUACCAUAAGUAGUGUAA